AUGUCAGAGCAACAGAAGCUCAGUGAUACUAAAAUAGCAGAAUUUGAUGCCAUAUAUAAAAACAGGAAACAACCAAUGUGCAAAAACUGUAACACAAGUGAACAUGUUAUACCGUGUAUUAGGGGAAAACCAUCGAGAGAAUUGAGUAUUUAUGCUACUAUGAAUAAAGACCAUGUGGCAUUAUGUGGUUGUACGCAACCUUACAUUGCAUGGUGUAAAAAAUGCGAAAAUUAUAUUGAAGAUCCAGAAGACUAG